CAAUGAACAACUGGAAUUCGUCUCUGCCUACCUUACUUUGCCUCGAUCAAAGGCUCUUUCACAGGUCAGCCUCAGCCGGUUCUGGUCAAGGGCCCCAAGGCAGAAUCAUCCGGCCACCUGUCCAUGGCGACGUCCACCAUCCUCUGGACCUGAUCAUGGAAUAUCUCAUUCGGUUCGUCCAAACGCACGAAAGUUUCCGACGGCCUGAGAUCGAGGCACUUUCGACGCUUGCCCGAUUACCUUGUGAGAUUGUAUCCUAUGCCGAGACUUCACCGCUCUGUGUUGUGAGGUUUCCUGGCCUCGAGACGCAACAUGGGGAAGAAGAUGACGGCCCUGCGGUGGAUGAGGGCUCUUUCGAGAGACUCGAGGCAAGGAUAAAGGACUUUGAAAGCCGGUCCAUCCUGUCAAAGUCCAUCUACGAGAUAUGGGGCCAGGGGCGAGAUUACGAUGAACUUCACGCGGAUGUGAAACGAAGAAGUCGCCACCUCUGGGACCGGUUUCGCCAUCUGUCGUUCAAGUUCUCGGUGGACUGUUACUGUAGCACGAGGGACAUUGACCAACAGAGACAAAUCAUCAACUCAUUUCGAUACCUUGAUCUCAAGGGCAAGAUCAAGAUGAAGCAUCCGGAAGUGGAGUUCGCCGUCCUGGAAGAGUGGCUGCCUUUGAAUCCACGGAGCGAAACCCAGGAAAACGCGUCACGCCCUGAUGCUGCCGUCGACAAAAUAGCAGGCACGAGCCUGAGAAGAGUGUUCCUCGCCCGCAAGAUUGGCGAUUCAUGUCGUGGGCUAAGGGAGAAGCAUGAUCUCAAGAAGCGGCCAUACAUAUCGACAACCUCGAUGGACGCAGAGCUGGCGCUUCUGACGGCAAACAUGGCCCUGGCAAGCCCCGGCAAGCUUUUCCUGGACCCCUUUGUGGGCACGGGAGGCUUCAUGGUUGCCGCCGCGGAGCUAGGAGCUGUCGCUCUAGGAUCAGACAUCGAUGGCCGCAGUUUUCGUGGGAAAGGUCUCGGUCUGGAUCACGGGGUCGGGGCGAACUUUGAGAAGUAUGGUUUAACGCAUUUGUUCGGGGACUGUCUGACUUCUGACUUGACAAACACACCGUUUCGCUGUGCUACCACCGCGCUCAAGUCGAGUGAUGGUCGGUGGCUGGAUGGGAUUGUUUGUGACCCUCCGUAUGGCGUGCGUGAAGGGCUCAAGGUGCUUGGAACGAAGUUGAGACAAAGUCGUGUCGAGGCAGCCGAUGUUAACGGCGAGGGAUCCGAUCGCUCUGAGAGUUCCAACCCGCUGACAGAAAUUUUGAUCAACGGCGUCCCGGCGCAUACGCUGCCUGGAUACAUCCCGCCAAAGAAGCCCUAUUCCUUCGCGCGCAUGCUCGACGAUAUCCUUGACUUCGCCGCCAGAACACUGGUUGAUGGGGGGCGGGUUGCGUUCUGGAUGCCGAGCGCGAACGAGAACGAACUUGGCGAGGAAGAAGCCACCACCAUACCGACACACCGGCAUCUCCAACUGAAACACGAGUGUAUCCAGAGAUUCAACAAGUGGAGUCGAAGAUUGCUGGUGUAUGAGAGAAUGCCUUGGACCCUCGAUUCAGAGGUACACGUUGACGGGUCUGCAAAUCGAGAGGGAAUCUCGACAGCCAGCGCUGGUCGCACAGCCGACGAGCUGAAUCCUUUCCGUAGAAGGUAUUUUCAGUCCUUUGGGGCAGACAGAAAUGGAAGCUAGCAUUCGCCAGCUUUUGUAUCCUUGGGACCAUCAUAGCGUUCGUUCAUAAUCCUCCAAUUGUCCCCACUCCUGAGAAGUCAAAGGGCGACGAUAAGACACCAAUCGCCUUCCCCUUCCAAUGCAAGAGAUGGCUCAGCCA